GGACACGUGUGACAAUCGCAUGACCUGCUCCACCAGCCCUGCCUCCAGCCUCGACGCCAGCGCCCGGUUCCAGGAGAAUAAUGGGCAAAUGCAGAGCACCAGAUGGGACGAACAGCAGAAAGUAUUUGCCCUCGAGCAGGUCUGUGGUGUCUUUAGAGUGGACCUGGGACAAAUGAGAUCCCUUCGCCUCUUCUUUAGCGAUGAGGCGUGCACCUGCGGACAGCUGGUUGUUGCGAGCAGGGAGAGUCAGUACAAGAUCUUCCAUUUUCACCACGGUGGCCUGGAUAAACUGUCCGAGGUGUUUCAGCAAUGGAAGUACUGCACGGAGACACAUCUCAAGGACCAGCAGCUUGCCGAUGAGAAAACAUGUAUGCAGUUCUCCAUCCGCCGCCCCAAGCUGCCCUCCUCGGAAACCCACCCGGAGGAGAACACGCACAGGCGUCUCGACGUGUCUGCCUGGCUCCAUCACCUGAACGGGUGCGGGCAGGUGGAGGAGGAGUACAAGCUGCAGAAG